UACAGAUUUGUUCUCCUUACCAUUUGGCGGCUAGCUGGGUGAGUAGUAAGUGCUCAGAAACAUCCCAUUUAGGUGAGCCAAGGUGAGGCAGAAAAUGGCCAGCGUCUAUGAGGCACGACAAGCUCGCCCAGAAGCUAUCUUUGUAGUCCUUUUCUUGAUUGUAGCCCUAUAUAUACUUGUUGGAGGGAGCAGGAGGUCGAGCGGCAAAGGGAAUGAUGGCAAUGGUGGUCAUGGUGCUGAAAGUGGAAACCGUAGGAGUCGAAAUUCGGAAGGAGAAGAUCUUGAGAGAGCAGGGAAGGGAAUGAAACACCCAUCAUCGAAAAGAGAAGGGUCAGGCAUCGAAACAUCUAGCGCCUCAGAUUCGAACACUUCUUCCACAGAUAUGGAGGAAAGAAGCACGAAAGACAAGAAAGAGGAAAAGCAGAAGAAAAGGGAUGGUAAAGAAGUAAAAAAGAAUGAGCCUGAAGCCCCAAUCUUUGCGCCAUCGACAUCCCCUACGCCCGACUUACCGAAAGAGGAAUCCCCAUCUCUGCCAAACCUUCCAGUAAAAGCUAGCCCUCCCAUACCCGGCACUCGUUGGCAAAGAGAUCCAAAUCAGCGCCCAGAUAGAACAAGGCGAGACUCCACUUCGUCUGUACUGCUCGAACGUAAUGAUGAUGGCACAUGGAAGAGGCCACCGCUUAUUAAAGAAGGGGUGAAGUUUGAUGAUGGGGGAAAAGAAGGGAAGGAAGCCAACAGGUUUGCAAUGUUUAAUCUCCAUGACACCCCUGUUACACUUUACGACCAAACAGGGCUUGAGGGAUGGUCCAACCAUGCAUCAAGGAAGAAACAACCAGACGAUGCGGCGUUGUACGGCAAGUUGGAUGGAUCGGAAAGCCCUUUGAUAAGUUUGAAACAGGGUGGGAAGCUGAGUCAAAAGUUAAUCAAGUUUAUGGAAAGGGCAGAAUACCUCGCUUCGCUCGAUUUGCUUGAUCCGAGACUGAGGAAAGAUGUAGUCGCAACAGCGCUAAAAGAUCGCUGGCUCGAUGGGGCGGGCACCAUACCAGAGGUCAUUAGUGAUACUCUCCGGCAAUUUGUGGUGGAAAAGCAAAUCGACAUUGUCAAGAUCGUCGAAGAGUAUUCAGCUCCAUCGGCCAACGACCUAAAACUUUCUGUUCCUGGUAAAGCCAAUGCCCGACUCGAUCAGAUUGCCAAAUUACUCAUGGACUGUGGGUUUGACCUUGACACACUUCGUGAAGAUCUCAAAUUUUACGACUGGAAGAGGAUGCCGGCGGCUGAAAUUAGGAGCAUGAUAAGGAAAUGGACAGAACGACAACUCCAAAAGGGUAAAGCGGUGUCAUUCAUUGCAGGGUUCUUCAUUCCAUACUAUCGAGCAACCACUUCCUACAAAGCCAAGCACUUACCGAAAAUGUUUCCACCCAAUUGGAGAGUCGUUAUCGGGGCGCAUCAGGAUGAUUUGAUCGGGUGGUUGAGGUAUAUCGGGCAAGCAUUUAUCAUCUCGCGCAUGUUCUCCCCUACAGGCGCCGAUAUCUCUGAAGAAUAUGUUCGUGUUGGUGUGUCAAGGCGGAAGACGGUGGUGGGAUUUGUCAUGGACUUUACCAUAUUCACGCCCGAGCCUGAUGAAAAAGAGCUCCGAACACAGAGUGAACUUACCUCAAUCUUCCAGCGGGCUGAAGCGCCUAUUUGUCGGGCCAAGUACUUGGGGUUGAGGUGGGCAGAACAUUUGAAUAAAGUGGUCUACCCUCAACCUGAUGGACGGAUGCUAUUAGUGGAAAACAAUCCCUUUCAUAUCACGAGACUUACCUUUCGACCUGGCCUCAAGAAGAGUACAGUGAACGCAGCUGCUCUGCGUCUUGCGACAUCCGAGGUAUCAACCCCUCGUUUACCUCCUGAUGUGCCAAUCAAGCGGGAUAGGAAAAUUAUGAAUGUGUCGCAAGAUGUCAUACGUGAAAAGUACGAGGCCAAUAAAGGGUCGAAUGAGCUCAAUGACGCUUUUGCGAGAUCUUUCCGAGCAGCCGACGCUCUGACAGUCAGAUUUGUCAACAAGCAUCAAUAUCAUUGGUACCAGUCUACGGGUCCAGUUAACGAUUCGUUCGAUGAGACAACUUUCAACAUUCUUUUGAUGCUCUGCAGUAUCGCUUUGAGCAAGUAUCAUCUCCAUCAAAAGUUCAAAGUAAAAGGUGAAACCGAUUACCGGACUGAUGAGGAGUCAGCGAUGGAUUUUCAAUAUGAUGCGGGCUAUGGUAUCGUGCAGUCCAUGGACUUUGGCGGAAUGAUGCCUCUUGAAGGAGCGUCCACGGUGAAGCCUCGCUUUCUCCAGCUCGACACCUUUGUAGGUCUGCGCAACAUCAUGUUGCCGGUCAUGUUCCAUGUUCAAAACAGGAGCACGUCUUUUCCUGCAUCCUCGUCUUUGCUCUUGAGGGAUGAAUGGGGUAUGUCCAAAUUCCUUUAUGGUCCAAAAGCGAUAAACGUGACUUUCCAUGGACAAACAUCGUCAGAAAAGGAGCAUCUCAUGAGAGAGAUUCUGGAGGACUUGAGUGAACAGGCGGAUAGAUGGAUCUCCGAAGAAUUAGGACAGCCAGACAAUGCAUUGAAGAGGAUUGUCUUGCAAAAAGUUGACGCGGCGGUGGGUAUGAUCAAGACUCGCGUCAGAUUUGUAGCCCUGGGAGAGCAGCAGCCUUCGGCGGGUGAAAUGGAUUCGAAGAUUGAAGAGUUGCGGGAUUUUGAGUUGCCUAUAGAGUAUUUGCCUGCGUUGCUGCGAUAAAGUACGUUUAGGAAUGCCACGUCGUCAUGCG